UAAUGUCCCCGGUACUGCCGUUUGCGUCCCUGGCGUCGCAAUAAAAUUUUGCACGGAACAUAAUCCCCGGGGAAACGAGUGCCAUCAAGUGAAAGAGUAACAAUAUCUUAGUAUAUGUAAAAAAAAAUUUUAACACAAGAGUUAGUCUCACGUCUAAACUACAUAAAUUUAUCAGAUAUAAAGUUAACGCCAACGUGUGCUGGGGAUAUAUAUUCUUAAGGUGGGAAGUGAGAGCCAUCUUGGAGAAGAGGAUACACAACAGGGAAACGGAUCGCCAUCGAGCGGCACGAUGGCAUCAUAUCACGAUAAUAAAAGCUGCUUUGUGUCGUGGAUUAUUCUCUACUAAAAGUUUUAUAUUUAUUAAUUAUCAAGACAAUAAAUAAUACAACCAGUGGAUCAUUAUUUCGCCGUUUAUUUUUUUUUUAUUUUACAAUAAUAUUUAUUAAGAUUUGACUGUGAGUAAAUUUUCACAGUGUAAUACUUCAAGAUGGAAGGCGGCGAUGGUUCUGCGGUAGUCAACAAUCCUGCUGUUAUCAAAGCUGCGCAAGAAGAGAUAGGAAGACUUGAUGUCCUGGUAUGCGGACAGUGUCAUUUGGUAUUUCAUUUCGUUGAAGAAUUCCAAGAGCAUCGUAAUAAAGAGGGCGCUUGCACUAAAACAUCACACUUUCGUGACAAUGGAAAUAAUGAACAGAAAGCUCAAGUCUGGGCGUUUUUACUGUGGAAAGACACACAAAUACAGCAAGAAACAACUGAUAAAGAUUCAGUUACUUCAUGGAAAUUGUAUCAGAAGUGGUGUAAAAUGGAGCAGCAUGUCCGGGAAACAUGGAUCACUGCUGGCAGAACUAUUCAAGCGUUUACUAAGAUCAAUAACGCUAAAAUGACAGACAUUAGACCACAAAAUACCGAUGGUAUGAAACAACAAAUAGUACGGAAAGUAAUACGCAAUGGCCAGCCAGAAGAGUCUACUGAAGCCAAAAAAGAAGUUAUCAAGGCCGAAGUAAAGACAGAGGCAUCAGAGUCAGCUCCGACAACAACGACACCGAUCUCAACACCGACUCAAAUUAAAAAAGUUAUUCAAACCCGACCUAAGGCUUUUGUUAAGCCUCGAGUUAGGCCGGGCAAGGCACCAACUGACGGAGAUGAGCCCAAUGAAGACGAAUUUGCUGUUGAAAAAAUAAUGGCCAAACGUUACAACACCAAGAAACGUUGCGCUGAAUAUUAUUUGAAAUGGGAGGGUUACACUCCUGAAUACAAUACUUGGGAAUCGGCUGACGUUGUGUCGUCAUGUAAAUUUUUGUUAGAAGAAUUCGAGCGUAAUUUAGCCAAGCAAAAAGAAAUGAAAGAAUUGAAAGCACAGCAAUUGGCACAGCAGCAGCAACAACAGCAGCAGCAGACAACUAAAAUAAUAACCAGGACAGUACCCCAGAAGACGAUUAUCAAAGCGGAACCGAGUACACCAGGACCGAGUUCUGCUGCACAAAUAACACGUCCGAUGCGGUCAAGUAAGUCGAAGGCUAUGGAUCAAGUGAAGCAAUGGUGUGGAUCCAUGAAAGAGGAAGAAAAUGAACUCCUGGGUAAACGCCGUGCCGAUUUGACUGACAGCGACUCAGAUACAACUGCAGCUAAACGACCAAAAGGGGAGAUGGGUAGUGAUGAAGAGUGGACUGGUGAGUCUGAGGAAGAACGUAUCGCCGCUUCAGGGCGCAGUGACGUCAUUCAACGUGCGUUCAAUCGCGCGAAUGCUCAGUCCAAUGGUAACAACAAAACUUCUGUAUCAAGUUCUGACUUGGCAACUUCUCUUGGUCUCCAGUCGCCAGAUCCUACCAAAUCUUCUACUCAUCAAUCACCAGUUCUUGUCGCAAAUGCCAAAGGAGUUGUCAAAGUCGAUCCUAAACAGAUGCCGAACUUGGCAUCCGGUGUUUAUGUCAUGUCUAAGAAGGAAGGAAUCAUCAAACUCGAUUCUUCGCCAGGUGCUAAACCUAUGAAAGGUGGCCAAGGUGUUCUUAUGGUACAGAAUCGUGAAACUGCCGUAGUACGAAGACAAGUGAUAACGCAAUCCCAGGCAAACUCAAUGCCUGUAAAAGUUGUCUCUAAGCCUGACGGUAGUCAGGUUGUUACACAAAUGAAAGUGAUCUCAAAACAAGUACCGGUUAAACCACGGCCAUCAUUAGGACCUAAAGCUGAGCCAGUUAAAAUUCAACCUAAGCCAGACCCUACGCAACUCCAACAGAUUCAUGUGGUGACUGCGGUACAAAAUCCAAUAGGCAUGCAGCCGAGGAUGACUUCAAAUGUACGACCGACGACUAUUCAACAGCAACAAAAGACACCUGAUGGACGUCCACUGCUUCCCAGACCGACAGUCCGUGGUCAAGCACCAACUAGUGUCCUUGGUAUUGGGUCUAUUCGUAGUCCUGUACGUGCACCAGCGCCAAGGCUUCAAACACCACAGACACGUACCCCGAUGCAGAAACGCAUUAUGUCCAGCUCACCCCAAGCAACAAUAAGUCCUAAUCAACAGGCUCAAAUACGUGCUAAAUAUAUUGCAGCACCUGGUCAGGUUGUAAAAACUGUCAGUCCAAACCAAGCUAAACAGUCGCCUAAAAUAAUACCUGGUAACAAACCACCGCAGUCACUAAUAUCACCUCAGCAAAAAAUUCUCAUGGCUAAAAGAAAGACUCAAGAAAUAACUUCUCAAGGUGUGAAGACUCCAGUAAAAACAAUGGUUGCAAAUACAAAGCCACCACUGGGACGAGGACGUGGUAAAAUAACAACAGCAGCAUCAGCAGCAGCAGUUCCAGCACCGGGUAAACCCAAGGAAACAAAAAUUGUCGAGAGCGAUGGACUUCACAUGGAAUUUCAGGAAGUAGGGAGUGAAGAGAGCAGUGAUGAAGCCGAACCUGAUGUUUCAUCAGAGGCCGAUAAUGUAUGUAAUAUUCCGCAGAAUCCACCGGAGAGUCCAGAGAGGCCGUUCACACUCUGCCCGCUGACUGGACGAAUCAUCGGUGAGGAUGGAGAACCAGUUGCCGAGCCAGAACCAUCGACACCCCAUACAUCGACAGUCGACACAACUGCUGGAGCUUCAAUUACAGGUACAACUGUUACAGCAACCACCUCAUCAACCGAGAGCAUGGACACAUCAACGACCACAACGACGACAACAGCCGAGUUAGUUUUACCCUCGUUAGAAUCACUGACAGAGACAAAUAGUAUAAUGCGCGUUGAAAUGAGCCCAGGUGGGACAACAGGUACGAUUGUACAAGCUAGCACUGAUCCAUCAGCCCAAUUAAGUCUUGCAGGCGUAACAAUAGCACCAGAUCUUCCGUGUCUGGAUGACACAGCGACCACUUCCGUUACAGCAGCACAGCCAACAGUCUCACUCACCGAGUCAAUAUCUUCAGAGUCUGCGGCAACGACGGCCGGGUUAACUGGCACGAUAGUAACUAGCACAGCCUCAACUGUCACUCAUGUCAAGCAGGAGAUAAAGGAGGAGACAAAAGUCGUUGCCGAUGACGCGACAAAUGUUGUAACAAUAACGGGGGAGGACGGUGUUGUAUACCAAGUUGCAGGUCACGCUGAAGACGGCCAGACAUUGCUGGUGACACGUGGUGCCGAUGGAGAGCAGCAGUGCGUCUACGUCACGACUGAACAGCAGGGUGAUGAGGGCUCUGUUCUCACUCUCGAUCACGCUGUCGCUGAAGCUGUUGCCCAGCUAAUGCCCGAUCAGGUAAAUCUCACGCCCCAGUUCUACGUCAAAGAGGCCGAAGGUGAGGCCGCUGAUAAUCAAAUGGUCAUGUCUAUUAUGGAUAAUUCGGCUGCGGGGGCUGUUGGUACCCAAGAAGACCCUGACGGUCAAGCUCAAGUCGUUGCUCAGGUUGUACAAGCUGACGAACCUACGCCAGGUGGUACCAGGCGAGUUGUUCUCUUACUUCCGGAUGGUAAUUUAAUGAUGACUGAAGUCGACGAAGAACAGUAUGCUGCUUUAGAGCUCGACAAAUGAGUCUAAAGUGUUUUUAUAAUUAUAAAGAAAUAAAAAAAUUUUAUAUAUACAUAUAUAUAGAUAUACAUAUAUAUUUAUAUAUAAUACAGAACAUGAUAAACUUGGAUUGAGUUUAAUGAUAAGUUGUAUGAGUUAACGUCCAUCAAAACUAAAAGUAUGACGAUUAAUAAGCAAAUGAAUAUUAAUUACAAUAUUAAUUACAUAAAAAUGGGAUAGAAAAUAAAAAAAUUAUUAUUAAUGUAUAUAUGUAAGAAUCGUUAGCUCUGUACGACAAUUGAUGAUGUUGAUGGUAAUAUCACGUUAUAAGACUCGCUUUUUAUCAGCUAAAUAAAUAAUUAAAUGAUGUAAAGACGCUAAAGGAAAAGAAGAAAACAUUUAAUAGAUCGAGCAAGUAACAAUUCAAUUUAAAUUGUGACUAAUAAUUAAAAUAAAUUGACAAAAAAUAUUAAGAAAAAAUCCAACAUUGAUAAGUUUAUAUAAUUAUAAGUUUAAAAUAAAUAAAUUGUAUUUUAGAAAUUUCAGUAUGUAAUGACAAACCGCUCUUAUAUAUUUUACUUUUCACAUUAAAAAGGAAAAAUAAACUUGUAAUUGUGCAAAUA